AUGGCAUUGGUGGAAUGGUUUCUAGUGCUUGGAAUCUCGGCAGCUGCAGUCCUGGUUCAUGGCCAGCCAGAAACGCAGUCACCGUUUCCUCAAUAUAAAUUUAUCUUUUUAUUUCUUUCCUUUAAUCUCUUCACUGUAUCCAUUGCAGGAGAUGCAAUGACGCCGACCAAAUCCAUUGCAGAUGGACAAACCUUAAUCUCGUCAGGUGGGACCUUCGAACUGGGCUUCUUCAGCCCUGGUGACUCGAAGAAUCGGUACUUGGGGAUAUAUUACCCUCCAGAUAAAAUUGUUGUGUGGGUUGCCAAUAGAAUCUCUCCCCUCGGUGGCUCCACAGGGGUUCUCAAUCUCACAGGUGAUGGAACUCUGGUACUUGUAAAUAGCACCGGAUAUAUUUUUUGGUCCACCGGCACAUCAAAUGCAAUCAAUCCCGUGGUACAGCUCCUGGACUCGGGAAAUCUCGUCCUGCUUGAAGGAACUUCGAAGACUUUAUUGUGGCAGAGCUUUGAUCAUCCAACUGACACACUUCUGCCAGGUAUGAAGCUUGUACGAGACUUCAGAACCAAUCUUGACACGUAUCUCACAUCAUGGAAGAGCUCCUCCGACCCUUCACCAGGGGACUACUCCUACAAGAUAAAUAGAAAUGCAGCAACAGAGCUUUUCUUAUGGAGAGGAUCGGACCUAAUAUUUCGCACUGGACCCUGGAACGGACGAGGAUUUGAUGGCAUUCAAGCGACAAAGAUAGCUAAUCUGUUUAGGUUUCAUCUAACUUCCAAUGAGUAUGAGGCCACCUACAGCUUCGAAGUACUGGACAAUUCUGUUCUUUCUCGUCUCGUGUUGAACGAGACUGGAAUGGUUCAGCGUUUCGUGCGGUCUAAACCAAACAUUGGAUGGCACCCCUACUGGUGGCAUCCAAAAGAUCAGUGCGACGAGUAUGCUAACUGUGGAGCUAAUGGCGUAUGCAGCACAAACUACUUACCUGCCUGCGAUUGUUUGAAGGGAUUCAUUCCCAAGUCUCCUCAAAAAUGGACAAUGAGAGACAAUACUGAUGGUUGUGUGCGGAGAACAGCUCUAAAUUGUUCAUCAGGUGAUGGUUUCUUCGGGCUGCAGCAAGUGAAGUUGCCCGGUACAUCGAAUGCCACCGUGCACGGCAACGUAAGUCUGGAAGGGUGCAAAGACUGGUGCCUGAAGAACUGCUCUUGCAGUGCCUAUGCCAUCAGUGAAUGGAGUGGAUGUAACACGUGGACCGGAGAUCUGGUAGAUAUUAGAGUGUUCACUGAAGGGGGGAAGGAUCUAUACCUUCGGCUUGCAUCUUCUGAAUUAGGUAACGAUUAUUUCCUGAGAGGGGAAUUUAAACCAGCUUGUAAAACAAUUAGUACCCACUACAAGGAAAGCAGAGGAAAUGAGCCAGAGUUACCUUUAUUUGAUAUACAUACAAUAAGAACUGCCACCAAUAACUUUUCUGAUGAUAAUAAACUUGGAGAGGGUGGAUUUGGCCCCGUUUACAAGGGUCAAUUGGAAGAUGGAGAAAAUAUUGCUGUCAAGAGGUUGUCCAAAGAUUCUGUGCAGGGCAUACAUGAAUUCACAAAUGAGGUGUUGCUGAUAGCCAAACUUCAGCACAGAAAUCUUGUUCGCCUUCUCGGCUGCUGCAUUGAAGGAGAGGAACGAUUACUGGUGUAUGAGUACUUGCAAAAUACAAGUUUGGACUGUUUCAUAUUCGAUAGGACAAGAAGUGCACUUUUGAACUGGCAAAAGCGCCUCGACAUCAUCUUAGGAAUUGCUCGAGGACUUCUUUACCUUCACCAAGACUCUAGGUUGAAAAUUAUUCACAGAGAUUUGAAGACCAGUAAUAUUCUUCUUGAUCAGGAGCUGAACCCAAAAAUCUCAGACUUCGGCACUGCAAGAAUUUUUAAGGGUGACCAAAUUGAAGAGAAUACAAUCAGAGUUGUUGGGACAUAUGGAUAUAUGUCACCGGAGUAUGCAAUGGAGGGUAUCUUUUCUGUGAAAUCAGAUGUCUUCAGCUUUGGUGUUCUAGUGUUAGAAAUCUUAAGUGGUAAGAAGAACAGAAUGAUCAAUCAAGCACAAGCUCGUUUAAACCUUUUAGGACAUGCAUGGAGACUAUGGACAGAAGGUAGAUGCUUGGAAAUACUUGAUGAAGCAGUGGGAUGUGCAUAUCCAGAGUCUAAAGUAUUACGGUGUAUCCAAGUGGCUCUCUUGUGUGUGCAAGAAGGGAGUGAAGAUAGACCGACAAUGGCCGAAGUAGUGCUCAUGUUAGGCACUGAAAGUGCACUGCUACCUCAGCCUCAAAGGCCAGGCUUCUGCAUAGCAACUCCUUUGAUGGAAAGAGAUUGGUCUUCCGGCAAUAAAAUUACAGUUACAAUUGAAGGUCGAUAGAAAUCUCUGACAUGAGUUUUUUUUUUUG